UGGGGAGGAGUUGUGAAAGUCCUUCUAGUUAAGUUAGAUCGGCCUCGCAGGCAGUGACAAAACAGUUGCGCUUUCUUCCUCAUUCAGUCGUUUACAAGUUGUCUUGCUGAGAACAGAUCAAACGCAGUCAUGAGAAAGGAUCCAAAUAAGCCGAGAGGAAAGAUGACCUCCUAUGCUUACUUUGUGGCGACCUGCCGCGAAGAGCACAAAAAGAAACACCCAGGGACCACUGUAGGCUUCUCAGAGUUUUCCAAGAAAUGCUCUGAGAGAUGGAAGACCAUGUCAGCCAAGGAGAAGGUGAAGUUCGAGGACAUGGCCAAGAACGACAAGGUCCGGUAUGACCAGGAGAUGAAAUCAUACGUGCCUCCCAAAGGUACCAAGGUCGUAGGCAAGAAGAAGAAGGACCCCAAUGCACCCAAGAGGCCACCUUCUGCUUUCUUUGUGUUCUGCUCUGACCACCGUCCCAGGAUCAAGGAGGAGAACCCUGGAAUCUCCAUUGGUGACAUUGCCAAGAAGCUUGGCGAGUUUUGGGCUACACAGACACCCAAAGACAAGGCUCCCUAUGUGGCCAAGGCCGCCAAACUGAAGGAAAAAUAUGAGAAGGAUGUUGCUGCCUACCGAGCAAAGAGUGGCUCAGGGAAGAGUGAUGCUGGUAAGAAGAGUGGUCCAGGCAGGCCCACUGCCAAGAAAGCAGAACCAGUUGACGAUGACGACGAUGAUGAUGAUGACGACGAGGAAGACGAGGAUGACGAUGAUGAUGACGAUGAGGAUGACGACUAAGCAGUUUGUGUUUAAAGGAUGUGAAUUUUGCAAUGCAUUGUUCAGCUUAACUCCUGUUUGUUUUUUGUUUUUUGUGUGGAUGAUUCCCUCAGCGUAGCCUGCUGUCCCUGUGGAUGAUUCCAAGAGUAUAGCCUGCUGUCCCUGUUGGUCUGCCUCUGUAGGAUAUCAGACGUGUUCCUUUUUUCAAAUUCAGGGAUUUAGUUUUUAUUUUGUCACUAGUCCCCCCCCAUAUGAUUUUUUUUUUUAAGUUUUUCUGCUGAACUCGGGUUUCUUACAUCUUGGAUCCUUGUUGCUAUCUACACGGGCAGCCACAUAUGAAUUUCCUGUGAUAUUACAAAGAACUGAAAACUCCUGUACGGGCAGUGGACAGCAGCAAAUCAGUAAAGUUUUAAAAAUGUAUCGUUUCUGGAAGCACUGCUUAGGUUUUCUGUUUAGUGGUGCUGUUUCUUCACUGUCAUUUUACUACCAGGGGUUAUCUGUAGUUUGAUUAAAGAGGUUUGCAGCCAUUUUUAAUGUGGAACUUUGAAAACUUUCAUGUAGAACGAAUUUUCUUUUUGUAAUAAAAUUUUGUAUAUUGAUUAUAA